AUGAACGUCAACCAUGCUGGUGGAGGCCUCAAUAAGAGAUCGGCUCUAGGUGAAUCACUGGGAAUUUGGUUCAUCCUGGCCAAUGGAAAAUGCACUUCAUCUCCUUCCAAUUUCUUACCGAGUACGGUAGUAGUCAUCGAAGUCCGCAUCUCCACACUGACGAGAACCGGCCAAUAUGCUCGACCAAUGACAAAUAAUAGUUCCGAGGAUAUGGCACACGAUCUACCUCUAGUGGAUAAGGCCAAACAUAUCUCGGCCUCUCUGGUUGCUUAUGGGUCAAGCCAUCCUCGAUCAUGCAUCGUUCAUCUUCCAAUUGGAGCCUUUGUGGCGGUGGUGGCUCCGUUGUUUGAAAAUGCUCUAGGUUUGUAUCACACUUGCCAAACUUUUGUAGGUGCAACCUACUUUGCCGCUUUUCGACUAGUUUAUCUGUCUUCCAAUGUUGUUAAGCUUUAUCGACUCCUAGAAACUGACUGA